AUGUGGAAACCUCAACCACGGUAUCGUUGGAAACUGCUACGUCUUUUCCACUCUCACAUUAGGAUACAUAAUUACUCGGUACGACUGUGGAAGUUUAUCGUUUUAGUUGUGCUGCUCUCAAUAUCAAUAUCGUCCUAUGCCUAUUCAAACAAACGUUAUCAACCCUCAAAUAAAAACUGCUCCAAGUAUAUCGAGUCCAUCGCUAAUUACGAUGACAGAUUUCUUGAAGAUGCAAUCAAGAAAUGCCCAAUUAGUGAACGCCCCUUCUCAUCAUCGGUUGAUGGGCCCUUUUCCGUGGGUUGCAAGGACCCUUUUGUUGAAAAUCAAAACCAACGUUUAAAUGCUGCAUUUGUGGUUUUGGCGAGAAACUCGGAAAUCGACGGCGUCAUAUUGUCCAUGAGGUCCUUGGAACGUCGGUUCAACCAAUGGUUUAAUUAUCCUUGGAUCUUUCUGAAUGAUGAGCCCUUCACAGAGGAAUUCAAAACCAGAGUCGCCGAAGUGGCUAGUGGAGAAUACAAGUUUGGCGUUAUACCUAAAGAUGAAUGGUCCUUUAGAGAACAGUCUCCAACAAAUGAAAACCACCUCUUCUUUGAAGAGGCAAUAGAGAACCAGGGAGAUCGUGGAAUAAUGUAUGGCAAUAUGCAAUCCUACCAUUCAAUGUGCCGAUUCUAUAGUGGCUACUUCUUCAACCAUCCGCUGGUGGAACAGUUGGAUUGGUACUGGCGUGUUGAGCCAGAGGUUGAAUUCUAUUGCGACUUGACAUAUGAUCCUUUCCUUGAAAUGGAGAGAAAAGGUAAAAAAUACGGAUUCACAAUAGCAAUCAAGGAACUGAUGGACACCGUACCUAGUCUAUUCAGGUAUACAAAGCAUUUCAUCAAUGAAUAUGACAUUCAACUACCCAAUACUUGGAAGUUCUUCACCCACAAUUACAGAUUCUUCAAAGGCUCCAAUGAAAACCAGUAUUUAGAUGUUACAAAUUUAAAUGAGUUUUUUAACAAACUCGAACUAAUGACUAAAAUCACAUAUUCGAAUAAUCAAAUUUUGAAAGGUUCAGAUGACAAAUCUUUCCUUGAGUACUUUGUGCUUAAUUCGAAAACUCCAUUGAAUAAACCAAUUAAUGAACGUUACGAUAACGAGAAUUUCAAUAUGUGCCAUUUUUGGUCGAACUUUGAGAUUGCCAGCACGCAGUUUUUCAAAUCUCACGAAUAUCAAUCAUACCUCUCAUAUCUCGAGAAUUCAAGGGGGUUUUAUACAGAACGUUGGGGUGAUGCACCUAUUCACUCUCUAGCAAUCGGCAUGUUUCUAUCGCUUGAUGAGAUCCAUUACUUUAGGGAUAUUGGGUAUAAACACUCCACCAUUGGCCAUUGCCCCUUCAAUUCAAUGAAUCAGAAAAAAUAUAAAUCUAGUCCUGCGUUCAAACAUCAAGUCCUACCUGAAGACGAAAUCAAAUAUGCCGAUUAUGAUCAACCAGCCAAAACCAACUGGAUAGAGGCAAGCGGCUGUAGAUGCAGGUGCCCUAGUGAUCAUCAGGAAGUUGAAAAUACGAGCGGUUCCUGUUCUUCCUUAUGGUUGAAACUAACUAGUGAUGAUUAUGUUGAAGGUGUUCAGGACCCUAACUUUAUCGGCGGUUUGGGUGAAUUCAAUUCCUUAGAUUUAGAUAAAAUCGAAGAAUUGGCUAUACGAAAAUUGGAAAUUUGGUUGCAGAAAGGAUAUAAAAUCAAAGAUUGGAGAUUAAGUGAUAAAGAAAGAGACCGGCUGUCAACAUUAUACAUCAACAAAAGAUAA